AUGGAACCCUUAAACCCACCACCCAUAUCUAAGGAAUCUAUCAAAUCCUUAUCUGAAUUAAUAUUUGGUAAUGAUAUAGAUAACAGCUCUAUCACAGAAGAAGGUUUGUCGAAGGCAAUAGAAGUUAAAAUAGAAACAGAAAAGACAAAACAGCAAUAUUACAGACUGGAAAAUGUUAAAAAUAGUAUAGAAUUAUUAAAAUUGGCAAUUAAUGCUGGUAUCCCUUCAAAUGAUAUCUCGAAAUUAUUCAUGCAAGAUAAUGACAUAACAAUUGAUGAAUUGGGAUAUCAAUUAAAUAAAGAAAAAGGUUUAGCCAAACCGAUCAAUAUUAGAGGACGGAAACCAUUGAAAUCUGAAAACACACCACUGUUGGCUCCAAUACGUAAUGAAAAUGAUAGUUUAGAUGAAGUAUUAUCACCAAAAUCAAAUCAUGUAACUCUUCGACAAAUUAAUUUGCCAACAAAUAAAAAUAAUAAUUUCGAAGAAUUAAUACAUCAAACUAUGAAGCAUUCGUUAUCAAAUACUGACCCUCCUUUAAAGUCACACUCCCGCCAAACUUCUCCUGGUAUACGUAAAUCUAAAACUUUUAAUUCACAGACACAUUUUAGAAAUAAAUCUUUACCCACAAUUAGAAUCAAUCAAAAUUCUGAUAUUCCAAUAAAUAUGACGUCAGUAAUAAAUUUUGCUAAACCUAAAGAAUUUGGUGAUCAUUUGACAUGCACAUUUGCAUUGGAAAAACCUGUCCAAGCAAAUAAAGAUUAUGAUAAACUUGAAUCAUCAUUUUCAUACAACGUUAUAGACAUGACAGUAAAUGAUAACAAUGAUAAUGUUUCAAAAGAACGACAGACUACAAUUAAUAUGACGCCAAAAAUGAGUUCGUAUAAAAAUGAAGAGAAGAAUACCGAAAUCAAUUCAAAUGUUGUAACACCAGAAUCCAAUAUUACAAGCACUGGUAAACAUCCACAUAGUAGUAGUCUAUGGAAACUGUUGAAUGCCGGUUAG